AUGAUUGAGGGCCCUGGGCACCCUCAUUCUGCUCCUGUGGGCAGAAGAGAACCCUUCGGUCACAUGGAUGGUCAAUUUGGUCCAAGAAGACCCCCACCUGAAACUUCCACACGAUUUUCUGGCCCUGAACGUGGACUUCCACCUCCAUUCAGAGCAGAUGUUGGAGUAUGUGCCCCACCAUUGAUUUCUAGUGGCCCAAGGACUUCCUCGCCUAGCAUUCCAUUGGAUGACUCGAUGAACUCUAAAGCUGAAGAUGCACCAUCAUUUCCAGGGGCUCCGAUCAUGAAUUCACCAGUGACCGGUCCUGCACAUCCACCACCAUCAAAAGGAUUUGCCCCUCCACCAAUGACCAGACCUCCCAACGGAUAUGGCCCUCUGCCCUUCGCUGGGCAUCCUCUACCUGUCCCAGGCCCUCGCUACAGACCUCCACAUCCAGUUAGAGGACCCUAUGGUCGCAUGCUAUAUGGACCUGCUCCACCCUGGAGUGGUUGUGGACCACCUCCACCGCACAGAGACUAUUGGCCAGGACCUCCCCCUCCAUUUGGCUUAAGGGAUUUUGCACCUGGAAUGAGAGACUUGCCCUCUGGUUUUCCACCACCACAUGGACCUUGGGACUAUCCCUUUCCACCCAAAAACAUGCUUCCUGGGGCUGUUCCUCCACCAGGCAUGAGAGACUAUCCAGGCCCACAAGGUCCACCACCACAGAUGGGUCCCAGAGACUUCAAAGCAGGCCCCCCAGUACCACAACAGAUGAGCCCAAGGGACUAUCCUCCAGGCCCUAGUUUGCCAACACAACAGAUGCAACCCGGAGACUUCUCAAAUUCACAGAAUGGGCCAUAAAUUUCACCUAAUGGUGGUAUUUUAUUCAACUAAGCAGAGCAAAAAACUGUUUCUGUUCUUUUAUUUUUAA